GAAUCUCACAUUUUGGGGAAGGAUAUCUGCAAUCAAAAUGAAUGUGCUAAUGAAGACGCUUUUUUUGUUUCAGUCGAUUCAGGGGGGAGGGAGGAUGCUUCAAGGAGUGGCAAAGGGAUAUAUUGAGGUUCACCCUGAUGUUGGGAAAGAUGGAGGGCACAAGGAGAAGGGGACGACAGAGGACGAGAUGGUUGGACAGUGUUCUCGAAGGUGCCAACAUGAGUUUGAUCAAACUGCGGGAGGCAGUGGAAGAUAGUAGAGCCUGGCGUGCUCUGGCCCAGGGGGUCACAAAGAGUCGGACACGACUAAACGAAUAAACAACAACAACCUUGAAAAACAAGAUGUGGGCUUUGAAGUGCACUGUUGGGGGUGUGAACACUCUGUACCUCUACUGCAGAAGACCAGGGGCAGUUCUUCUGAAACUAACACCCCCUUCCCCCAAGUAUAUCAGGAUGUGCUCAUAACAGCUCACAAACUGCAUCAGCUGGUGGGCAGGAUUUCAAUCUAUAUUCUGAUUAGGCAAAGGAAUGUGAUGUUUCAUGCUUUGUCUUAUCUGCUGAUGGAGAAUGGAUUCCUCUUGAUGAUGCCAACUGAGUUGCAAGAACAUUUGCUGAUGUUGACAACAUUGGGAAAGUAUACACCAGUCUUAUGCACUUGUGCAUUUGGAUCAGAAGAGGACAGCAAGGAGGGAAGGAAGGAAGGAAGGAAGGAAGGAAGGAAGGAAGGAAGGAAGGACACAGUGGAUCGGGGACCACACAGCCCUGCCAUUCCACUUCAGUUGCACCCUGCGCAGAAGGUGAUAAUCCCCCCAAUUCCAUAUCAGGAAACUGAGUGGACAAAAAUCUCACCCAGCCAUUCAUGAUCACUCUGGAGAUGUGUUUGUGGUAGAACAGACACUCUCCUUGUCCAUCUCAACCAGAUCUGAAGAAGGACCCCCUUUUUCUUCCUUAAAGUGAGGGAAAGAGGUGGGGCUUCAUUAGCUAACACAAUACACUCAAAGUAAGAGGCGCUGUGGAGAGAAGAAGCAAUGGCCACAUUUUGCAAAAUGGGUGGGCAGAUCCAGCAGCACUCUUCUUACCUUCUUACUUUCUCCUUGCCUAGCAUGACUCUCCUCCUUGCUAAUUUCCACUUCAAAGCAGCUGGAUAUUUUUCAAUCCACAGUGGCUUUCAUGUGAAAGAGAUCUUUCUGGACUUCUGUGUUCUGAUGCAAAAGAUCUCAGUGUAUGAUUGCGUUGAACCAUUAGGCUUCCCUUGUGCUGCCAAGUGUCUCUCACCACAUGCCAUUGCCUACCUAUCAGAUUAUAAAUGACGCAUAAACACGAGCUUCCCACCCAGGCGUAGCUCAACUGGAACACUUGAAUAAGGAAGAAUCAGCAGCUCAGAGAGAGAGAGAGAAGCUGAAAAACCAGGUGAGUUAUCUCCCCCUUUCUGAUCUCUUUGACCCUCCAUGCUGGCCUUUGAAUGGCAGCUAUAUCUCCAAAGUCCUAUGCGGCCUAGGACCCUUGUACCUACAGGACCGCCUCUCCUGGCAUGCCCUGUGGAGGACCUUAAGGUCCACAAAUGACAACACUUUGGAAGUCCCAAGUCGCAAGGUGGUUAGACUGGUCUCAACUAGGGCCAGGGCCUUUUCAGUACUGGCCCCGACUUGGUGGAACGCUCUGUCCCAAGAGACUAGGGCCCUGCGGGACUUGACAUCUUUCCGCAGGGCCUGCAAGACAGAGCUGUUCCGCCUGGCCUUUGGCUUGGACUCGGUUUGACCCUUAUGUUUCCCUCCCCUUAUGGUUUUGAUUUAUGGGCUACUUUUAAAACGAGGCUGCAUUUUAAAUUGCAUUUUAACCCAUAUUUUAAUAAACUGGUUUUUGUUUGUUUCUUUGUUUGUUUUCCCCUAUUAUGUUUUAUUGUAAUUUUAUUGGUGUUAGCCGCCCUGAGCCCAGCUCUGGCAGGGGAGAGCGGGGUAUAAAUAAAAAAUUAUUAUUAUUUAUUAUUAUUUAUUAAAGUGAGCAGCACACUAACAAUGGGGUACCUUUGCAUCUCAUGGACCAGCUCCCCAACAAAUCAAAGAGUUGAUAAAUCUAUAAAGUGAAAUGCUUUGAUCUUGAGGAUUUGUAACUCCUUACUUUGUUCUAUCACCGCGACGGAGUGAGCUCCCGUUGCUCGGUCCCUGCUCCUGCCAACCUAGCAGUUCGAAAGCACGUCAAAGUGCAAGUAGAUAAAUAGGUACCACUCUGGCGGGAAGGUAAACGGCGUUUCCAUGCGCUGCUCUGGUUUGCCAGAAGCAGCUUAGUCAUGCUGUCCACAUGACCCGGAAGCUGUACGCCGGCUCCCUCGGCCAGUAAAGCAAGAUAAGCGCUGCAACCCCAGAGUCAGUCACGACUGGACCUAACGGUCAGGGGUCCCUUUACCUUUACCUUUACCUUUACCUUUACUUUGUUCUGUGUGGAUGAGAUAUUGUGUUUUUUUUUCUGUUAGAAAGAAAGACAAAGCCUCGCCUUCUGAGCGAUGGAUGCAGGAAACUCAGCCUAGCAAUUGUGUGUUUUGUGUUUUCUGUCUCCAGAAGCAGAUGCAGCCUUCCUCUGACCCCAGGCUCAGCCUCCUUUGCACCUGCCUUGUUCUGAUAUGGCAGCUCUCCUUUGGCUUCGCAAUGAAAAUAAAAGAAGCAGAAAACCCCUACGGUCCCGCUGGUAAGGUAUCAUUUCAUCUCGGAGGUGGUUGAUGUCUCCUUAGAGAAAGAGCAGCUUCUGGCAGCAUUAGAAAGCCAAGUGUAGAUCCAUUGGCUGUUUGGUUCAAAAUGACAGAAUCCUGUUCUGUUUACAGCACGCAGCUUCAAUAGCACUUAGAUUGUACCAGUUUUAAUGUCUCCCAGUGCACUUCAACGUGCUGGCUCUAACCUUCAGGCCCCUGAAUCGGAUGGACCUAUGAAAUCUGUUAAACUGUUUGUGCCUGUAUCCUCUUUCCUGCACGCAGAUGUUUCAGUUGGAUAUUGAUCUUUCCACCAUCUUCAUCUGUCAGUUGAGCUAUCACCAAUAGAGGGGGUCUUUUCUGUGGUGACCCCACCCCACGUAUAGUUGCAGUGAACAGCUACACUUUUCAGAAGGCCUUAAAGAGCCAAAGAGCCUUCCCAUGAAUCAUUGUUUCCCCCCUUUUUUUUUUGGAACAGCCUUUUGCUAUUAGAAUUUCAACUUUUUUUUGCUGUGAAUCAUUCUUGGUUUGGUAGUAUUUAUUUCCUAGUGGUUUUUAUUAUUGGUUGAAAUAAGAUUAUCUAUUGCUGUUAGUCUCCUUAGCUUCCAUUGGCUGGAAACUAGGCAGGUAAAUAAUUUAAUACAAUACAAUGAAAAUAUUGUAUGUGAUAUUGGACACCAAGAAAGUGGUGAACCCCGUGACCUGGGACGUCUUUGAGGCUGUUCAAUUUCCCUUUGACUUUUAUGGCACCCCAAAGAUACUGUAUUUUUAGGUGUAUAAGAUGUGCUGGUGGUGCUGUGGGUUAUACCACAGAGCCUAGGACUUGCCGAUCAGAAGGUUGGAGGUUCGAAUCCCUGCGACGCGGUGAGCUCCCGUUGCUCGGUCCCUGCUCCUGCCCACCUAGCAGUUCGCAAGCACAUCAAAGUGCAAGUUGAUAAAUAGGUACCACUCCGGCGGGAAGGUAAACAGCAUUUCCAUGCGCUGCUCUGGUUCGCCAGAAGCGGCUUAGUCAUGCUGGCCACAUGACCUGGAAGCUAUACGUGGCUCCCUCUGCCAAUAAAGUGAGAUGAGCACCGCAACCCCAGAGUAGGUCACGACUAGACCUAAUGGUCAGGGGUCCUUUUACCUUUACCUUUAUUGACCCAAAAAUGAGAUUCAAAAUUUAGGCUCGUCUUAUACAUGGGUAGUGCUGAGGGGGGAAUCCUGAAAAUCGCUCACCCGCUGGAACACAGCACACAACCACUCACAUCGUAGCUUCCUGAUUGCCACCAUUAGCCCUCCUGCUUGCUGCUGUGGCAACCAAUAGACAGCUGCCCUUGUCACAGCAAGCGCGAGCAUGAUUGGCGGCCACUGGCCAUGGUGCAGAAACCACCUAUCAGCUCCCUUAUUGCUGCCAGCGGCCACCAAUCACGCUCCUGCUUCCUGCGACAAGGGCAGCUGUCUACUGGGUGACACAGUGGCAAGCAGGAGAGCUAAUGGCGGCGAUCAGCCAGCUGCAAUGUGAGCGGUUGUGUGCUCCGUUCCAGUGCGCAAGCGAUUUUCGGUAUUCCCCCCGCCCACAACAAUCAGGUGGCCAAUGCCGGAAAUUGCUCACCUGCCAGAACGAAGCGUUUUUAAGCGGUGAUUAGCCACUUGAUUGUUGGGGAGAAGAUGCCAAAAAUUGCUCACUCGUCGGAACGAAGUGUGAGCCCAAGAUUGUAAGCAGCAAUUGUAAGCAACACGAGUGGUUGUGUGCUGUGUUCUGGUGGGUGGGCGAUUUUUGGCAUUCCCCCCAAAUAAUCCUCCCCAAAAGCUCAAUCCCCCCUUUUUUCUCAAUUUUCAGGCCCCCAAAAGAGGGGGGGUCUUAUAGAUGGAAAAAUACAGGAAUUUUAUGUCCACUGUUUCCUGUGCUGACAUGACCAUGUUGAAUGCUAAUGUUCUCCCUCUCUGUUACCUCAAGGCUGCCUCCGGGGCUGGACCAGAAUAAAGGGAAGCUGCUAUCGAAUCUUUUCCGACUCUUUGAGAUGGCUUGACGCAAUGGUAAGAGGGGCCUCUAGGGGCUUUGAGUGGGUCCAGAAAGAGCAAGGGCACAAGAUAUUCUUGAGAGUCUCUGCAGAAGACAUGUUAUGAAUCUCAAUCCCAUGGCCAUGAUUUUUAUCCCAGGAGGCCAUCUUUUGCAUCUCAAGAGCUGAUGAGAUGUCAUUUAUGGAUAUGAAGUGAGGUUUUCCUUCACUAGGCCUUGGGCAACCAGCUCAGUUUAUCAGUUUAUCUUUCUUCUCAGAUUCAGAUGAGGCUGAGGAAGCUCAGGACCAUUGCCUGGAACCACUAGGGGGCUGGAUGAAGGCCACUGAAACUCAAUCCUGGAAAGGUUCUGUGGGAUAGUGAUUGGAUAGAUACGCUGUUCAUAGGCUGGAAGUAGGCAGGCCUUCUUUAAGAUGGCUUGAGAUGGUGGGCUCAUCAUCCCAGAAAAGACCCAUUGACCCCAAAGAUUGGAGUACUUACUCAGGUUUGAUGAAGGCUCCAACAUGUUCUGCUUUCAAGUGAGCCCCCAGGGACAGGUAGGUUCAUAAAUGAUGCCCAUUUGUUGGGAAUAGCAUGGAGAACCCAAAGUACGUUAGAGAGAGUCAGAACAGCUUAUGCAAGAUCCACAACAGCCACUAAACACACUUUUAAAGAACAUGGCAUUCCCCUAAGAGUCCAGGGAGCUGUAGUUGCUGUCCACAGGGCUACAGUUCCCAUGGUCCUUGGGUAUAAGCUACAUGUUUAUUAAAGGUGCUUGAAAUGUUUGGUGUGGGAGUCAUUGAAGCCCACCAGGAAAAUAACAGCCGUGUGAGCACCCUGAGGGACACCAUCUGAUGCACCAGCUAGUUGGCUUGCUCAGCUCUGACCUCAAGGCUGCCCUGUCUAAAUAAACAGCAAUGAUGUUCCUGCUAUGGUAGGGCACAUCCCUGGCAUUCUCCUACCAUGUCCUGAUUUGCCAAGCUCAUCCGAAUAGAAUGGGUAUUUUGCCAGGUACUGUUCCUCCUUCCGGGAAGGAAUAUAUUAACAGAUCAACACAGCUACCUGCACUUUUUCAUUCUUUCAAGGCAAGGCUUUCAGUUCUCCUUGGGGACAGGUUGACUGUUGUGUCCAGCUUCUGCACAAACAUAAAAUGACCACUACGCCACCGGACAUUGCCCAAGCAUGCUGCAUGAUGGAUCUGGCAGCCUUAAAAGUGCACAUGCAAUUCAUUAGAUGGGCAUGAUGGGGGAAAAUUUGGCUUUGAAGCACAUCUUAAUGAGAGCAACUCGAUUUGGCAUGUCCUGAAAUAACACACAUCGAAACAGAGGUAUCAUUUGAAAUUUGGUUCUCCCCCAAAAUAUUUUGAACAAACAUACAUACACUUCACACAACAUGGAGUGUACGUGAGUAAGAUAAGCACGUUAGGAGGCAUGCACGCACAGACACCACAGAAUUUUGAGGGGCCCCGGGCACAUCCUUGAAGAUUUGUGGGGCUCUUGGCCCCCUGCCCAGCAGUUGGCCCCACUGUAUUAGAGGAAAUUGUGGGUAAAGUGUAUUCUUGAAAAUAACACCCAAAGCUGCAGUAUAUGAGGUGAAAUUGCAAACAAAUGUUUUUAUACUGGGGCAAUGUCCACUCAAAUGCUGCUCAGUUCUCCUGAGAACUUUUCUUUUAUAAACAAAUUCACAAACUGAAAGUGGAGAAUCUAAUUAAAAAUCAGACAAUGAAGAAACUGAGCGAGACACAAAUGGGGAUAUUGCAUCAUGCUGGAUCUCAGUUGGCCCAACAAAGCUUGCAUUUCAAGCAGUCACAUGUCCGGAGCUGGAUUUCCACGUAUUGCGACUGCACUAUUCAACCUUGAGCCUGACUUUGAGGAGAAUUCAAAGUUAAGUGUAGUUGCAUAAAACUCAUUCUUUUUUCCACCUCUCAGAAAAUCUGCCGUAUAUUUGACCCGACUUCUGAGCUUGCCUCUAUCCAUGAUAUGAAAGAACUGCGUAGGGUGUCUGACAUGCUUCUAAUUCCAAAGGUACUACGUGUCUGGAUUGGAUUGUCAGUCAAUGAUAAGGUGAGUCUCCAAGGCCUUCUCCUCCUCCUCCUCUGUCAGCACUGUUGGAACUGAUAGUAAAUGAAUUCAGUGGGAAGAUUCUUCUAUGGGGCUUCCCCAGCUGAUGAAAUGCUACGAGAAGGUUUUCUGGACUCAACAUACUGGAGGCCAAUACAGUCAUGGUGGGCUCCUGGCUGAUGUCCUGCAACUCAAAUAAUGUUAUCUGUGGUUCUUUUGGGUGGAAUCAUCAAGGUGUGUGCUGUGUCUUGGAAGUGUCUCCUUGUGAUCUGUUCUUUCCAAAGAGCAUCCCACCUCUCUUGUCCCUACAGGAUGGAAAUUGGGAGUGGACAGAUGGCUCUGUUCCCGAGUUCCUACCAUGGACUAAGGGAGAACCUAUGAGUAGUGGCAUCAACUCAUGUGCCUACUUGUUUCGUGCAGACGGUAAGAAGUCCGCUCUCAGGGCUGGUACUUUGGAGGUGCCAUGCUCAAUGCAAUGCGGGUUGCAAUAUUUUCUUGAUUUCUACUGCGGGUAUGAGAUGUGCUCCUUGCCUGCUCUUUGGCCAAGAAGUUGUGAGUGAAGGACUUCCUUUAGAGCCCUUUCAUCUGUUUGGUAGAGAUAUUUCCAAGUUGCCUUACAAGAAUCUAGCCUUCCUGUCAGGGAACUGCCAUCGGAAGGAAGGGAGGUGAAAGGACUCAGACAGGUUGGAAGAGAUUCAGCAGCUGAAGAGGGAACCAGUAAGGGGAGAGAAGCUGAACUGAGGGAGGUGAAAGGGCUCAGACAGGUUGGAAGAGACUCAGCAGCGGAAGAGGAAACCAGCAGGGGGAGACAAGCUGAACUGAGGGAAAGGGAGCUGGGGGAUGGCUCAGAGAUACUUCCAGCGAAAACAGUGGUGAGGUUUCCGGACCUCCUGUAGCGACACCCACUCCUCGCCGGAAACUGUCACGCAGAGAGUCCAGAAGACGUGUUUCCGUUAAGGAGCUUUUAUGUUGGAAGCGAUUACGAAAGCAACCACUGUCGGAAUCUUCUAGUGACUAAGAGGAGCCAUGUCAGAGGGGCUCAGUCACAGACAGAGGUUUGUGGACUUGAACAAACUCUGAGGGAAUACGAUUUUACGCACAAGCAGCUCAUAAUCCCAUCACAGCAUUCCGACAGUCUUUGAACGCAGCUUGUGCAGGAGACGGCAUAAUAAUGAGCAACCCAGCAGGAACCGGAGAAGCAGGGGCUGGAGCGGGUCCAAGCCUGGAAGAAAGGUACCGGGUGUUAGAGGUCCAGCUGGCGCUGCAGACGGCGAGGCUGGAGGAGAGGAGGGCUCAAGAUGCAGACAAAAGGGAGAAAGCCACCCAGCUCGCCAGAAAGGUACCAGGAUUGGUGCAAAAAUUUGGGGGGGAGCCCAAAGACUAUCAUAGCUUUCGGACAGAAAUGCAAUAUGCCCUCAAUCUGCAGUUUGAUGAUUUCCCUGAUGAGGAAUCACGAGUGGCUUUUGUGAUUGGGCAUCUUGAAAGGGGGCGAGAGACUGGGUUAGACCCCUGAUGGCAGCGAAUAGUGACGUCUUAAAAGACACGAUGAAGUUCUUUCGCGCCAUGGAUCUGAUGUUUUCCAGCGAUAUUGAAAAGGGAGUGGUGCGCAGACAGUUAAUGGCUUGCAAACAGGGGAGCCGAUCUGUACGUGAGUACUGGACUGAGUUCACCAUGCUGAUACACAGAUUGGGGUGGGACUUAUCGGCGGAACCCAUUCAAAUGCUCUUUGAAGAAGGGCUUUCUUCGGCUGUGAAAGAUGAACUUUCCCGGGCGCCCAGGGCGGAGUCUAUGGACCAGCUGACCAAAUCAGCGCUGGCCAUAGGAGCGCGCCAGGAGGCGAGAGCAUUGGAGAGGCGGGAAGGGAAAGGGGAACGUUGGAAGGAGUUCCGCAUUCCAGACAUUCCAGAGCCAACUGUCCCGCCGGCAGAGCCGAUGGAAAUCGGAACAGCGCGCGCGCGCAGUUUCAAAGCCCAGUGAGGGGAAAGAAGGAUGGAAAAGGCGCCCGGAAAUGCUAUCUCUGCCAACAGCCAGGGCACUUUGCCAGAGUCUGCCCCCAGAGGAAGGAAUGGCAAGGGAUGGUGGGAGCUGUGGAGGGAAGAGAGGAAAAAUACCGGAGCAACUAAAAGCCAACGCCUGGCUGCCAUUGUCGGGGCACAGCAGCCAGGCCAAAGAGCAGUGAAAGUGCCCACUCCAGAACCUCCUAAACCCGCCCUAGUGAUAGAAGUGACACUAGAGCUCCCAAACGGACACCCUCUAAAGAUAAAGGCGCUGUUGGACUCAGGCAGCUCCUGCAAUUUCAUGAGCAAAGAGUUUGCAGCUGAACACCAGAUACAGACGCUCCCUUUAAGCAACCCCUGCAGGUAACCACGAUCGAUGGCAGGGAGCUGUUGGGAGGAGAAGUCAGCUUGCAGACCGUCCCAAUGAUAAUGAAGGUGGCAAGGCACACUGAACUGAUAGCUUUUAAUGUGGCCACCUUGGGAGGAGCUCCCAUUAUAUUGGGGAUGAGCUGGCUAGCGUUACAUGAUCCGCUGGUGGGCUGGCAUCAGAGAGUGGUUUCUUUUGGGUCAGCACAUUGCUUAGAACAUUGCAAAGAGGGAAAGGUUUUGGCAGGGGCCCAAGCCACCCUAGCAGGGACUGAAGUGAAGGAGAACGUGAAGGUACCACGACAAUACGCAGAUCUCCGCGACGUCUUCAGCGAAAGGGAAGCUGACCAACUACCACCGCAUAGAGCCUUUGACUGUCAAAUCAAUUUGCUCCCUGGGGCACAGCUCCCUGUGGGCAAGCUGUACGCCAUGUCAGACAGAGAGAUGCAGGAGCUAAGAGAGUUCAUUGACAAGAACCUGAAGAGAGGGUUCAUCAGAGAGUCCAGGGCGGUGGGGGCAGCCCAGUGUUUUUGUGGACAAAAAAACACGAACAAGCCGAGACUGGUGUGUGACUUCAGGGCCUUAAAUGCAGUGUCAGAACCAGUGGCCUUCCCGAUGCCCAGGAUUGACGACAUUUUGACAAGGGUGCGAAAGGGAAAGAUUUUCACCAAGCUGGAUCUAAGGGGGCGUACAACCUGAUACGAAUAAGGAAGGGGAUGAAUGGAAAACCACCAUGUUCACCCCUUUAGGGGCAUUUGAAUACUUAGUUAUGCCCUUCGGUCUACAAGCAGGCUCCGCAACAUUUCAAUCGUUUAUGAACCACGUCCUGGGGCCGUUGCUUUACAAGAAUUGUGUGGCCUUCUUAGACGACGUGUUGGUGUAUUCUGAGAAUGAGGAGCAGCAUGUGAGAGACGUCAGAGAAGUGUUGAGCAGGCUGCAAGCCAACCAGCUGUGGGUGAAACUGGAGAAGUGUCAGUUUCAUACCAAGGAGGUGGAAUUCCUGGGGUAUCGCCUGUCUGACAAGGGGUUGGCCAUGGAUCCCGGCAAGGUCCAGGCGGUACUGGAAUGGAAAACACCCAAAACAAGGAAGGAUGUGCAGAGGUUUUUAGGGUUUGGGAACUUCUAUCGUAAGUUCAUCCCAAACUUUGCCCACCUGACGGCGCCCAUUACGGACUGUCUCAGCAGUAAGAAGAAGUUCGUUUGGACGGAGGAGGCGGAGCAAGCAUUUGAGGAACUAAAAGGGCCUUCGCCUCGGAACAACAGCUCCUGCAUGUGGAUUUACAAAAACCGAUGAGAGUGGAAACUGACGCAUCAGACAGAGCGGUUGGGGCGGUGCUUCUCCAGCCAGGGAAGGAGGAGUCAGAGUGGAGACCGUGUGCUUUUUUUCGCGAAAGCUGAACAAAUCCGAGAGGAACUACACGGUGUAUGACCGAGAACUACUAGCCAUUCAUGAGGCGUUCCGGAGAUGGAGGCACCUGCUAAUGGCGCACAACAUAAGGUGCAAGUGUGCACUGACCACAAGAACCUAGAGUAUUGGAGGACGGCACGAGUGCUCAACCAACGGCAAGUGAGAUGGGCCCAGGAAUUCUCCAAAUUUAACUUUGAGAUUUGUUACGUGCCAGGCCCAGAGAACAUUAGGGCGGACGCUCUCUCACGCAAACCUGAAUAUUGGGAGGGCGAGGGAGCACCCGAAGAGAGACAUGUCAUUCCAGAGGACCGCUGGGUGUGUGGGGCGGCAUUGGUGGGACAAAGAGAACUGGUAGAAGAAACAGAGAAUGAUGAAUACGCCCAGAAUAAGCUCAGAGGUCUUAGGGAUGAGGGAGAGGAAUCAAGGGGUUUCGAGGAAAGAAAUGGAGCUUUGUAUUACAAAGGGGCACUGUAUAUCCCUGAAGGAGACUUAAGGGGAGGGUACUCAAGCAGUUGCAUGACAGCCCCACGGCGGGCAUUUUGGGCAACACAAAACCAUGUGGUUGGUCACCAGGGAAUUUUGGUGGCCUAAGGUGAGGGAGGAUGUACGUGAGUAUGUAAGAGGGUGCGAGCAGUGCCAGCGAGCCAAAGGGGAAAGGCGGGCGCCGGCGGGGCUAUUAGAACCCUUACCAACACCAGAACGACCUUGGGAGGCAGUGUCGAUAGAUUUUAUGACUGAUCUGCCGAAGUCCAAAGGGAAACAGCCAUCAUGGUGGUGGUAGACCUACUAACAAAGAUGUGCCACUUUGUAGCUUGCUCGCAUGCAGUCACGGCGGAAGAGACAGCGAAGUUAUUUGUAGAACACAUUUUUAGGUUGCACGGGGUGCCAUUGAGGGUGGUCUCAGACCGAGGAAAACAAUUUACUUCCAGGUUCUGGAGGAAGCUCAUGAGCUUACUGCAGGUGGAGGUCAACUUUUCGACUGCCCGGCACCCUGAAACCAACGGGCAGGCGGAAAGAGCAAACGGUGUCCUCCAGCAAUACCUGAGGUGUUAUGUCAAUGACAGAGAGAAUGACUGGGUAGAAAAGUUGGCGCUGGCGGAAUUUGCCUACAACAAUGCCGAGAAUGUGUCCACAGGGAUGAGCCCCUUCUUGGCUAAUUAUGGGUGUCAUCCCAGGGCUUUCCCAGGGGUAGAAGGGGAGAGAUGGAGCGUACCGGCAGCCGAGCAUUUUGUAGAAGAAAUGGAAGCAAUCCACCGUCAGCUCCAACUCAACUUAGAAAGGGCGAAGGAAGAAUACAAGAGGCAGGCAGACAAGAACCGAAGGGAAGGUGAAACCAUAAGGGUUGGAGAUAGGGUGUGGCUGUCAACCCGAGGGUUGCCGUUCAAAGGAGGUUGUAAGAAAUUACGACCCAGGAGGUUGGGUCCCUUUGAGGUCAUUCAACAGGUCAACCCAGUGGCUUUCAGGCUCCGGUUACCCAACCACAUGAAACUGCACCCAGUAUUUCACAGGUCGUUACUGUCACCGUACGAGGGGACGAGAAGGGAUGGACACUCGGGGACCGGUCAUAGAAGAAAGAGAAUGCAGCAGUCAUGUGGCAGAAAUCCUUGAUGCCAGGUGGAAGGGGAAUCAGGUGGAGUAUUUGGUAGCGUGGGAAGGAGAACCGAGUCAGAAAACACGUGGGUAAUGGCCAAAGAUAUCAAUGACGAGGUAUUGAUAGAAAUGUUCCAUCAAAGGUUCCCGCGGAAACCUCAGCCUGUGGAGAGGUUCCGGAGGGAAUACUUUGGGACCACUGAGGAGGAGGAGGAGUUGGAAGGAUUCCCAGAAUCGGAAGGGGAAGGGAGAUGGACUCGGAGGAGGAGGAGUGCUUCGAGACCAGGAACCGCAACAGGUGGAGAGAAGUGUUCGAGACAUCGGAAGAUGAAGGAAGUUCAUUCCGGGGUUUUGCCUCCUCACCGCCCGUAGAGGAGGGGGCGAGAGGGGGUGAAGGGGGCCCUGGAGGGGAGGUGGAUGUCAGGGAACUGCCAUCGGAAGGAAGGGAGGUGAAAGGACUCAGACAGGUUGGAAGAGAUUCAGCAGCUGAAGAGGGAACCAGCAAGGGAGAGAAGCUGAACUGAGGGAGGUGAAAGGGCUCAGACAGGUUGGAAGAGACUCAGCAGCGGAAGAGGAAACCAGCAGGGGAGACAAGCUGAACUGAGGGAAAGGGAGCUGGGGGAUGGCUCAGAGAUACUUCCAGCGAAAACAGUGGUGAGGUUUCCGGACCUCCUGUAGCGACACCCACUCCUCGCCGGAAACUGUCACGCAGAGAGUCCAGAAGACGUGUUUCCGUUAAGGAGCUUUUAUGUUGGAAGCGAUUACGAAAGCAACCACUGUCGGAAUCUUCUAGUGACUAAGAGGAGCCAUGUCAGAGGGGCUCAGUCACAGACAGAGGUUUGUGGACUUGAACAAACUCUGAGGGAAUACGAUUUUACGCACAAGCAGCUCAUAAUCCCAUCACACUUCCCAAGCAUAGCUGUCAACUUUUCCCUUUUCUUGCAAGGAAUCCUAUUCGGAAAAAGGGAAUUUCCCCUAAAAAAGGGAAACGUUGACAGCUGUGUUCCCAAGGUGGCUCAGACUGACAGGAAACACCAUCCUAAUCCACUUUUGCUUUCCACUCAAGGUCCUCCCCAUAGAUGCCACCACCCACCUUGGCCAAUUUAGUAUUGGAUGAGUGGCUGGGUUUCUUCUGAAUGGGAGAAGAAGAAAGGACAUUCCCUGUGGGGUACAUGUGUUUUGAGGGUGUUGGGGUCCCAACAGCAGCAGCAGCAUGCCAAGGAGCCCCUGAUGUCACUCUGCCUAAGCUCAUUUCUCUUUUUCUUUCCAGUUUUCUUGAGAUUUAGAGCUGAGGAUUGCGAAUAUGAAGAACCCUUUAUUUGUGAACAUGAGCCAGCAUCUGCAUCCUCCUGACCUAUUCACUCUCCCUGGCUGACCCCAUCAAAUCUCAGAAGCUUCCAUCCAACGCUGUCUUUCUACCUGCGCCUUUUUCAGAAUAUGAAAACGUCAGAGGUCCCCUGCUGCCCCAUUCCAGUGGCCCAUCUAUUUCAGCGUCCUGCUCUCACAGUAGCCUGCAAUAGAUCUAAUUGAGUCCUGCACAUAGCAGAGCCCCCUUCUCUGGGAGCCCAGGAUGAAGAAACCUGGGGUUCACCAAUGUCAGGAGGACAACAGCCUCCCCUUCCCUAAUAGAUGCCUCAGCUCGUUGUGAAUUUAAACACAUGCCCCUGAAACAAGAACCAAUUACUUUCCUUUAUUACUUCCUGCCCCUCCCAACUCACAUGUCUCCAAUAUCCUGAUUCAGAUUGCAUUUAGGACAUUCAACUGGUCUCUUUUACUGUGCAAAGAACCAAUGCACUUUUAUGGCAGUGUCUUCUAGAGCCCUGGGAAGGGUGAAGCCUUAGUGAAAGCAAUCCCUCUGCAGAGGAGAAAUGACUGUUUGCAGGUGAAGCUUGAAUCCAAACCACACCUGCAAAAAGACAAAGUGGGGCUUCCAGCCAGCCCCCUUGCAGCUGUGCUCUCAGCGCAAACCAGCUGCUUGUUGCUGAAAGGGUGUCUCCAAAGGGGCUUUGGUCCAGCACUAAUUAGAUGAGAGCAAGGCCCCCCCUUGGCGGCAGUAGGACGUUCCCAAUGGGGCUUGCUCUUAGCACUGAUCAGUGGUGAAGAGGAAGGCCUCUGAGGUGCACUUUCCAAUCUGUAAGAGAAAUCUAUGGGGGGAAAUCUGAAAUGCAACCAAUUCAAGGAGUGUUUGCUGUCCCCAUUCCUGCUUGCAAGGAUUAAUCAGGAGCUCACUUUCAGCUCCCAAUUGUCCCGUUGUCCACCCCUAAUGUUACAUAGAACCAUAAAAUUGUGGAAGUGGAAGGGACCCUGAGGGUCUUCUAGGCCAACCCCCUGGAAUGCAGGAAUCAGAACGAAAACAUCCCUGGCAGGCUGUCAUCCCACCUCUGCUUUCAAAGCUCCAAGGAAGGAGAAUUCACCACCUUCUGAGGGAGUCCAUUCCACUGUCAAAUAGCUCUUAUACUCAGAAAGUUCAUCCUUGUAUUUAGCUGGAAUCUCCUUUCUUUUAACUUGAAUCCAUUGAGGAUAUAGUUGGGAGGGGAACAGCCUUGUAGGUGCCCCAUCCCUCGUAUAAUAAGUAUAACAUGAUGGGGACUGAGGGCAACAGAGGCACUUGCAGAAAGAAAUGUCACAACCAUUUUGAGAUGCCAAGAGAUCUACUGGGCAAUGAGCAGAAGAAGGAAUCCUCCUUCAGUGCAGAUCCCUGACCCUUUUGUCAUUCUGAUGGGGAAGCAUAACUUUUAAAAUAUGUACAUGCUUCUACAAAUAUGCUGCAGAAAUAAAUACUCCUAUAUUGCAUCAGACUGAG